AUGGGUAGUGCUAGAGCGACAGGAGUGUACAUGUGCAUCAUCCUCGUCAUCUUUGCGAUAGUCUCUUCUAACUCCAGCGCGUACCAGGUGCUGGACGUGAAAGACGACAUCAUGCAAAACUGCAGGUUUUACAUCUUCAAAAAUCUCGGUACACCGGACCCGAAAUAUAGUAGCCUCUGCUGCCAGGACGUACGACGAGCAAACGUCGUAAAUAUUUGUCAGCAGUUUACUGACCAGGACAAGGCAAAAAUUGAUCUAUGGAAAUGGGCUAGGGUAACAAGAAUGUGUGGGAACGCCUUGGCCAUAGGAACCAAUUGUGCAGGCUACGUUGUUCAUUCAGCUGCACAGUGA